GAAGUUCACCCCACUCAGGUCCCAGAGAAGUUGCGCUCGCAGCGGCUUCUCAAAGCUAUGACUAUCACCCCACCAUUGCCUUUGCUGCUAAUUGGGAGCUGCAGGAGUAAUCCGUGCAUACCUCCCCAAAUACCUCGUUCCACUUCGACCAAAACAAAAGAGCUCGACGUCGCCAGAAUCAGCUACGAACUGACACACGGCCGUAGCCCUUCCUCGCCUUCAUACUGGCGCAAGCGGAGCUAGCCGCACCCGGGAGGCACGAUGCCGGUUGACUACAGCAAGUGGGAUGCGCUGGAGCUCAGCGAUGACUCCGACAUCGAGGUGCAUCCCAAUGUCGACAAGCGGUCCUUCAUCCGCGCGAAGCAGCACCAGAUCCACAUGGAGCGGGAGCAGCGCAAGCACCAGAUCGAGACGCUGAAGUACGAGCGCAUCAUCAACGACGCGCUGAUCAAGCGCAUUACGUCGCUCCUCGCCUCGCUCAAGGCCCAUGCCGAAGACGCCAAGACCCGGAAUCCAGGCGAGGUGGCCUUCCAGGCCGUCAUGGAGACGGCCUCCGGGCUCGAUCCCAAAGACGACGAGCCCCCGCCGCGCCCCGCCGGCGUGCACAACGCCGAGGAGCCGCUGCCCACGUACACCAAGAUGAUGGCGACGCUCCUGGACCAGGUGAACAAGACGCUCGACGAGAAGAAGGUCGAGCAGGACAAGCGGUACGACGGCAUGGUGGCCGAGAUCGAGGACCACCUGCGGAAGGUCACCGACCUGCAGGGCGACCUGCACAAAAAGCUCGCCGAGCUCGAGAAGGAGGCGUCGCGCAAGAUCACGAGCGAGAGCUUCCACACGGGCUUUGACAGCUCCCACAUCAACAAGUCGUCCAGCUCCGGGGCCAAUCAGUCCAGCAGCAAAGUCGAGCUGCUCAACCCCAACUACGCCAGCAACGCCGCCAACGCCGCCGCAUCUUCUUCCAAGCCAGCCGGCGACGACGACGACGACAAGGACGAAGAAGUCAGCGCCUCCCCGCUCGCGCGGGAAUUCGCCAAGAUCAAAGCGAACGACUACCGCGAAUCGCUAGCCUUCCUGUCGCAGCACCCGGAGAUCCUGACCGAGAAGGAGACGGACGGCCUGCUCGUGCUGGCGUUCGACGCGCAGCUCGAGGAGCGCGGCGACUUCGCGCGCAACUGCGUGCACCAGGCGCUGCUGCUGCAGUACUGCCGCUCGCUGGGCCGCGACGGCGUCGCCCUCUUCUUCAAGCGCGUCACGACCCCGGGCCACCAGGCGCAGGAGCUGUUCCUGCGCGACGUGCACGACACGUACACGCGCAUCCGGACGCGCGCGCGCGAGAUCGUGCUGCAGCGCGCCAAGGACGCCGCCGAGGGCAAGACCGGCGAGGAGGGCGGCGUCGAGCAGAUCCAGCUGCAUGCCGUCGAGCCCGGGACGGUGAUCAACAUUCGCAUCCCGGAGGCCGGCAGCGAGGAUCCCGACGUCAAGCGGGGGAGGGAGAUCUUUGAGAGCUUCUCGCCCCAGAUGAGAAAGGCGCUGGAGUCGGGCAGCUUGGAUGAAGUAAACAAGGUGCUUGGAAAGAUGAAGGUGGACGAGGCGGAGGAGUUGGUGGGGAAGCUGGGCGAGGCCGGUAUUCUGAGUCUGGAAGAGGAGAUUAUCGAUGCCACGACCGAGGAGGGCAAGGACAAGUUGAAGAAGAUGGAGCAGGAGGCCUCGGAGGCGCAGUUCUCAUCGACUCAGGUUGAGCUCUGAGUGAAGUCGGCUCUCUCACUUUGGAAACAUCGCUACUCAGAGUGAGCCCACUUGCCUCCCUUCGAGGAUAUAUUAGGAAGUAGCCAUUUUACCAUCCAUCAAACCAUCUCUAUCUCAUACUCUCUGCUCAUAGCUUCCUUCCUUCAACAGCCAUCCAUCUACUUGGUGCUGAAGCUAACAAACCCGGCACCCGCCAAUAUCUGCGGUCCUUGCUUCUCAUCAUCUUUCCCCCAUUUCCAAGUCUCUCCUUGUUUACAUGUGCCACAAACAAGACACACUCUACCACAGGCACAACAAUAACCUUCUGCCGAUCCUGAGAUCGACCUCAGUCUUGGGCUUGCUUCCCUUCGUCUGAAAUUGUUCUUUCCUUACGACU